AUGUCCUAUCAGCAGCAGCAACAGUGUAAAGUCCCCCCUCAACCUCCUCCCCAGGUCCUGGUGCCUACACCUUGUCCCCCACCCUCCAAACAGCAGAAGUGCCAGUCCCCUCCCCAGGUUCCUGAGCCCUGCCCUCCCAAGAUCCCAGAACCCUGCCCCCCACGCCCCAGUCAACAGAACUGCCCACCUGUGCAGCAUCCCCCAUGCCAGCAGGAGUGCCCACCAAAGCAGAAGUGA